AUGGGAGAAAUCGGAGAAGUUGUUCCAAUUGAUGGCCAGGAAGUUGCCUAUGAAAUAGAGGUUAUCGAUACAAUUAAUGAUAUUCCUCAAUUCCCUCCAGGCGAUGGGAUUACCGAAGAAAUCAAAGGCAAUCAGUUAGAGGAAUUUCAUUACAUUGAUAACGGAGAGUAUCCAUCAACUAGCGAGCAAGAGUACUACGAGCCGAUUGUUGAGGAUCAGCGAUUUGUCGAUAAUGAAGGAAAUGAAUAUAUUUACGAUCCAGAAACAAACACAUAUCAUCAAAUUCAAUAUGAAAUCAAAACAAUGCCUUCCGAUGAUGUUGUUCUGCCUGUCGACGAGGGGCCAUCGACAUCAGGAGUUAUUGAUUUUGAAGAACCCGUUGAGCUUCUUGAGCCAGAAGAAGAGGAACCUUCAUUUGUGCUGAAGCGUAACGGAAAGCGAAAACAUGUGGAAGUUGUGGAGUCGCAACAAAAUCAGCAAUUCGAGUUUGAGCAAUGCCAAAUGAUACCUGCAAAGCAGGGAAAGAAGAAAAAAAUGAUGGAAAUGCGAGUGGUUCAACCGUUCAAAAUGGAAGAUGGGGCAAUUUUGAAGAAGCUGUGCUCUGAAUUAAGCAAACUGCGAAGGGAUAACGAGCAGUUACGCAGUGAACACGAGCAAGUUUGCAAAAGGCUCACACAGCUUAUCACCGUGCAUGACGACACCAAGCGAAGGUUCACUGAAACCGACGCCGAGAAAAAGAAUCUCGUAAAGACAUUGACCAAGUUGAGAGUUGAAAAGAAGAAGAUAUUGAAUUCUAUCGAAUUCGAAUCCAGUUCGGCUAUUCAGCUCAAUUAA